AUUUGAUGAUGAUGUUUUAAUCAAAGAUGAAUGUAUUUAUCAAAGUAAGAGAAUGAUUGAUACAGAGUAAAGGAGUGAUUGAUACAAAGAGAGAAACAAAAAAAGUAAAAUGCCCGAAAUUCAUUGUUCAUCGUCGGAGGGUGGAGAAGGGUCAAGGCGAGCGGCGUCCUUGGCCCAACGCAUCAGCUUUUCAACUUCAUCAUCUUCAUCAACAGCGUCGUCGUCGUAGUCGGGGGGGUUGAACAUGGAAGAAGAAGAAGAAGAGGGCAUAGGCAUUGAGGCCUUGAGAGCUGCGAAUCUGGCGGACAGGUCAUCUCCGAGGACUGCUUUGAGCUCUGGGUCCACAUCCGCUUGAAUGGCAGUGGAAUUAGAAUUAGGAUUAGGAGGAGCAGCUGCUUUAGGAGUAGGCUUGUUGAGCUUGAGGGCCUGGAAGCGUCGUUCGACGUCAGAAAGGUGGGAUAUGUGAGAGUCUACGGAGAGACUGAGCAGCAUAUCGUCCUGCGCUGCUCGGAGCAGCUCCUCCACUUGAUCCUCUUCCGUUUUCCUCGUCUUCGUCUUCGCCUUGUUUCGACUCAUCUCUUUUCUUGCUCAUUCUGAUUUGCCCAGACACUGAUUUUAUUCACAAAAUCUUCCAUGUGCCUGUCACGUGCCUGCAUGCGUCACUGGCAACCACGGGUACCCGGGCCGUGCACAGCAAAGAAAAGUUUUGUGAGUCAAAAAGAGAGAGUAUUUAAACGGCGGUUGGUCUGGGUCCAUGGCUCUGUAUAAUUAGUUUGGGGGAGAGUGGAGUAUAGAGAGAGUGAGAGAGGAAUGAACUCGUCGAACCCACCCGCAUACAGUAACGGCUACUGUCCACAGCCGCAGCCGCAGCACCAGCAAGGAAUGAACAGAAUUCGCCGGGGACCACGUGGAAGGUCACGUGACAGUGACAUUAGGGUUUCUGAGGCCGCUCCCAAGCAGCAGCAGCAGCCGGACCAACCUUGCACCGACUUCGACAUGGCCUAUUUCCACUCCUACGCGCACGUCGGCAUCCACGAAGAGAUGAUCAAGGAUCGUGUACGCACCGAAACUUAUAGGGCAGCUAUUAUGCAGCACCAGAGUUCUAUAGCCGGCAAAGUGGUAGUCGACGUCGGCUGUGGCACCGGAAUUCUUUCUAUCUUUUGUGCUCAAGCUGGUGCCAAACGUGUCUAUGCUGUUGAUGCUAGUGACAUUGCUGUGCAGGCAAAUGAAGUUGUAAAAGCAAACAAUCUAUCUGAUACGAUCAUCGUACUACAUGGGCGAGUUGAGGAUGUUCAUAUUGAUGAGGAGGUUGAUGUUAUAAUUUCAGAGUGGAUGGGCUACAUGCUUCUGUAUGAGAGUAUGCUCGGAAGUGUCAUUACAGCCAGAGAUCGCUGGCUAAAGCCCGGAGGUCUUAUACUUCCUUCAAAUGCAACGUUGUACAUAGCACCUAUCACACAUGCUGAUAGAUACAGUGAAAGCAUUGAUUUCUGGCGCAAUGUUUAUGGAAUUGAUAUGUCUGCCAUGUUACCACUGGCAAAACAAUGUGCAUUUGAAGAGCCAUGUGUUGAGACAAUUGUGGGUGAGAAUGUUUUAACAUGGCCACAUGUGGUUAAGCAUGUGGACUGCCAUAAAAUUUCACUUCAUGAGCUUGAAUCUGUUUCAACAAGCUAUAAGUUCAAAUCAAUGAUGCGAGCUCCACUACAUGGGUUUGCAUUUUGGUUUGACGUCGAAUUUAAUGGACCUGCAAUACUUCUCACAAAUAAUCAUGCACCAUCCCAAGUUCCUAACAAUCAUACAGUGGAGGGUCAGCAGAGGAGGAAACGGGCAAAUCCAAGUAAUGCAUUGGUGCUCUCGACUGCACCUGAGGACCCCCCAACGCAUUGGCAACAGACUGUGCUAUACUUUUAUGACCCAAUAGAGGUUGAGCAAGAUCAAGUGAUUGAAGGUUCUGUUACAUUAUCACAAAGCAAAGAAAAUCGUCGGUUCAUGAAUAUCCAUCUCGAAUAUGCCUCCGGUGGAAGAUCCUUUGUCAAAGAGUCAGUGAUGAGGUGAUUAUACUAAUUACUUUCUGUGUGGUUAGCUGAAGAUAAGCAUGGGAAAGUCAUAUGUUGGUCUGCCUUUCUCUUUCGUGUAGCUCCCAACUCUCCGCAGACCUUGAUUCGUUAGAGAUACUUCUGGGUGACCAUGCAAUAACUUUUUCUUGCAAAGCCCUGAAGCAAAGGCUACUUGUUAGAGAUAUAUAGGUGAAUUAGCUUUUAGGAAAAAUUUGAUUUUAACUGUGUUACGCUUCAAGAAUGUUAAUGCAGAGUAGACUUGGUAUAUUUGUUGAGGUUAUGUUACAUUCCAGACAGAUAUGUGAGCUGUGACAAAGGCAUCAUGUACUUGUAUCGUUCUCAAGUCUUGUGCGGUUUAUAGUUUAGGAAUUGUGUACUGACCGGAGAACUAAUUAAAAUUUUGUUAGUGUCGGUG